AUUUUGUAUUGAAAAUGGACAAGUUUGUGGUUCGGCUUCCGAAGGGAGAGAAACAAAAAAAACCGAAGAGCGACGAGAAAGUUUACAAACAAGCUACAAUAGAGUCCAUGCGGAGGGUAGUUGUGAUCGAGGACAUUUUGCGCUACAAAUCAACGCUGGAGCUGCCUGAACAGAGCAAAGAGAACCUGAUGGACACCCUGACUGAGCUGAGCAAGAAGAUUCCAUCCAAAGAGGUGCUCAGGUCCACUAAAAUAGGUCACACUGUUAAUAAAGUGAGGAAACAUCCGGACCCUGACGUGAGUUCUCUGGCAGCAAAGGUUUACACUGAAUGGAGGACUUUCAUUGAGGAGAAUUCAAAUAAGCCGUCCAUUGAAGUGCGCUCUGACAAACAGUCUGAAUGGCUGAGGAACAACGCUCGGAAGCUGCUGUCUGAAGCACUGGGAGUCAAGGAGGACUCUGGGCUUAUAGACAACAUUGAGAGAGAAGUUUUUCACCAGAGCUCCCGGUUGGUCAGCAGCUCCUACAGACGGACCAUCAGGGCGCUGGUGUUCGCCUUCAGACACAACUCUGACAUCAGAAGUCAAGUAAAAGACAGCAAAAUAUCCGUCAGUCAGCUCGUUUCCCAGUAUAAAAAAUAAGUGAACACUGAGAAGACUGGGACUUGAACCUCUUGUGGAUGAGAUUAUGUUGCACAUGAUUUUUUUUUACAUUUUAUUUUGUUUUUACUCUUCAUCAUGUUCUCAGUUUGUUCAUAAAAAUGCAAAAACUUUUUACAGAUUGUGGCACAUCAGCGCAUUUACAUUUUAUGGGUGUAAAUUUAAAUAUUUAAACCAUAGCUCCGGCUUACAUCAUGCUUUACCAUCUGUUGUUGAUUUUGGUUUUAAACUGAAUUGAAAAAAAGACUUCAUUAAAUACAAAUGUCAACAACUAUA